AGCUCAGGCAGCACAACUCCUCGUCACUCUCUCCUUCAACUUGAUUUUACACUUCUGCCUUAUAUUUCUGCGAGGAGAAGGGUUGUCUCGAGGUCCUGCGCCCUCACCCCCUCCGCCGUAGUCGCUUGCUAUUACAGCCCCGCCAAUUGCCCCUCCGCAUACACGAUUCCCUACUGUUUCCUUGUGCCGCCGUACAACGCCAAUCUUUGAGCACCAUGGCAGCCGCUGCCUCACGUCAUGGACGAAACACGGCAAUUCUUCCUCCCCCUACCCCUCAGAAUGUCGGGGCGCUCCUCGCAAAGAUACACGACAAUGAUCCCGACUAUCGGUUCAUGGCUCUGAGCGAUCUACGAGACCUACUAGAGGCUGGCCAACCGGGCUUUCUUUCCGAUCAGCCCCAGAUAUGUGCUCGGACUGUCGAUGGUCUGGUGCGGACCCUAGCCGAUAACAAUGGCGAAGUGCAAAACAUGGCGCUCAAGUGCCUUGGGCCUUUCGUCAAUAAGAUACCUGAAAGCAUUCUGGCUCCCAUGAUCGAACGUCUGUCAAAUAUCGAAACAGGGAACGCAGUCGAUCAGUCGAUACCCGCGCUUUCGCUUCGUGAGGUUGUAGUGUCCCUCCCUCGCCCAGUUUCCGGCAUGGUUCGGUCGAAGGCAGUACACGAAGCAUACACUGCAAUCAGCAAAGUCCUGAUACCGCGGCUUGUUGGCUACAAUGUCAUCUCUCCAUCCCAGAAGAACCUCCCUCGUGUCCCUAAAGGGAUGCUGGAAUCAGAUCUUGAAAAAGGGACUGAUAGUAAUGCUAUCGAUGUCCUGACGGAGGUUGCUCGGUGUUUCGGGCCCCUAUUACAGGACGUUGAAAUCCAGGCGCUGCAGAAGAUCACCUUAGAGAUAUUGGAGAAAGACCGCACAAGCUCCAUGAUGAAAAAGAAGGCCGUCACGGCCCUGGCUGCACUUUCCAUACACUUCCCGGACCAGUUAUUGAGCUCCUUGCUCUCGCGAAUCAUCGAACAUCUAAGAGACGUGCAUGUGACCAGGAGCCAGCGGAAAAUCUACAUGACUGUGUUGGGCUCGAUGGCACGCUCUAUCCCGAGGAAGUUUGGCCCGUAUCUGAAGACACUGGCGCCUUUCGUUUUUGGGUGUCUCAGCUCGGAAGAGGCUGCUGAAACCAUGGACCUGUCUGACGAUGAAGAGGGGCGCGAUCCAGAAGUUGAUGAAGUCCUAGAAGCGGGGUUGAUAGCCCUGGACGCCUUUCUUGCUUCGUGCUCCCAGGAUAUGCGAAUGUAUACCAAGGAAACCAUUGAAGCUGCAACCCGGCUGCUAAAGUACGACCCGAACCUUGCCAACGACGAUGACGACGAUGAAGAAGCUGUGGAAGAGGAGAACGAAGACGAGCUUCUUGAAGAUGAGGAUUUCGAGGAAGAGACCGGGUAUGACGAUGACGAGGACGCAAGCUGGAAGAUCCGCCGAUGUGCGGCCAAAGUUCUCUAUACUCUCAUCUCAACCCGAGGCCAUGGUGAUCUCCUGGACGACGGAACUCUAUAUGACCGAGUAGCGCCUGCACUUGUUAGCCGUUUCAAAGAACGGGAAGAGAACGUACGUGUCGAAAUAAUUUCCGCCCUCGCAAAACUGGUCAGCGUCUCCGGUGACGGUCCCACACCGGUGCUGGGUUUACCUGAUGAGCAAACCCAAGGGACAAUGGCCCCGCCCCCGAGCCGUAAGCGUCGCCGUGGUGGCAGUGAUGCGAGCAUGUUCGACCUCCAGGCUCACUCUUCAUUGUCGCUGGGCUAUUCUUCUCCAGCGCCCGCAGUGACCCCGCCUGUGGGACCUCGGGCCAGUCUUGCUAAACUGGUCCCUGACAUCAUCACUGCAGUUGCUCAACUGCUCAGGGGAACCUCUCCACCAGCAACCAAGGAGGCGGCAAUCAUUUUGACCAAGGAUGUCGUGGUUGUCCAACGCGGAGGUAUCGAUACAUUCCUUGACCAGAUAAUGGAGCCCGUGCUGGACAUUGCAAAGCUUAAUAUUCAGGGAUCGAUUGGCAGUGCAUCUGCCUCUGCCAACAGUCUACGGAUACAGGCCUUGCAACUCAUCGGCGCCAUUGCAGACACGCACUCCUCUGCGAAUAUACAGCCCUACCUACCACAGACGAUACCGGCCUUACUCGCCGGCAUCCGAGACAAGUACAGCAAACUCUCGAUUGAAGCUCUCGCCGCCUCCGAGCAGAUCAUAAAGGCUCUGACCCCUCCUCGUUCCGCUUCUUCUGGGUCUCAGAAUCAGCAAUAUCUGGACGAUCUGGCGGAAUCGCUUCUGACCGCGAUCCGUUCCAAUGAGUUGGAACUAGACGUACGAAAAACGGCUAUCCAUGUCCUAGGUCUCCUCCUUGGCCGCAGUUCUGGGACUCAGGGUCUUUUAUCUCCACAGAAACGAGCGGAGGGUUUGGUUGUCUUGGCCGAUCGGCUGAGGAAUGAACUCACACGUCUCGCCUGUACGCGCGCAAUUGACACCAUAGUCGCACUUGCCAAGCCCCCAGCCGAUUUCACAGAGAUAUGGGUACGUAUGGUCGCCCUUGAGCUAGGCGCCCAGCUGCGUAAGGCAAGUCGUGUACUCCGCGGCGCUAGUUUGACAGCUCUACGGGCCAUUUGUUUAAAUCCGGCCACCCGUCAGCAAUUAGACCGCCAGAGCAGAACAGAGAUUGUUGGGUUACUACUGCCACUCCUCGAUCCUGCUGACUUGCAUCUUCUCGGCCCUGCGCUGAUUAUUCUUGCAACCUUUGCCAAAGACGACGCAGGUCCUGUAGCAACGCCUGAGCUUAAUGAGGCACUCUGCCGUGUUGUAUGCGGUUCGGUCAGCGGCAGCUCCCUAGAGGCUCUGCUGGUACUCGUUCGCACCCUUGGAGAGAAAGGUGUGGGCUCUGCGCUAAUGCAAGCAUUGCUGAAAACUGUUGGCAUUUCUGGCAACCCCGAUGUGGUCGGAAAAGUCGAGGGCAAUCUUCUGGUCUACGGCGGCCAAAGUAUCGGUGUUACAAUGGAACAGUUCGUUACUGAGCUUCAAACGACGAACGAUAAUCGGCGCAGAUGUCUGGCUUUAGCCGUGCUUGGAGAGGCUGCCCUCCGUUUGGGAACUCAGUCCACCCUGCGUCCACAACUCUUCAUGGACUUCUUCAACGCCACAAAUCAAGAAGUUCCCCUUGCGGCUGCUGUGGCUCUGGGACGAGCUGGUGCCGGUAAUGUGUCCGAAUACCUCCCAGUCAUUCUCUCAACAAUGGGCAAGUCUUCGAGCCCACAGUAUCUCCUAUUGCAUUCAAUCAAGGAGAUACUUCAACAGGAAGGGACCGAAUCAGAUAUUAUACCAUUCGCUGAGCCAUUGUGGCAGAGUCUCAUUGCGGCAUCACAAGCGGAAGACAACAAGGCCAUCGGUGCCGAGUGCAUAGGACGCCUCGCCAUCAUCGACCCCAAGACUUACCUUCCGCAGCUUCAGUCGUUCCUCAGUGACCGGAAGAGUAGCGUGCGUGGGAUGGUCAUAUCGGCGCUUCGAUUUACGCUUUCAGACACCGACGAAUCCUAUGACGACUAUCUCAAACCGACUGUUAUCCCCAUGCUUGUCCAGAUGCUCAGUGAGCCGGAUCUUGAGAACCGCCGAUUAGCCUUGACAACUUUCAACUCUGCCAUGCAUAACAAGCCCCAUAUCAUCCUGCCUGCCCUGGAUCAGCUGCUGCCUCUGGCUAUGAAAGAGACACAGAUCAAGCCCGAGUUGAUUCGGGAAGUUCCGAUGGGUCCGUUCAAGAUGAAGGUCGACGAGGGUCUCGAACUUCGUAAAAGCGCUUAUGAGACCCUGUACUCAUUGCUCGAGUCAGCUUUCCCGCAGAUGUCGGCGACCGACGUUUCGGACUGUUUCGACCGGGUGGUUGCCGGAAUCGGCGACGAGAACGACAUUCGAAUUAUCUGCAACCUCAUGCUGUUGAAACUCAUGGUCCUCGCCCCCGAUCAGACGCAUUCGCGCCUUCACUCAAUUGCAGAGAAUUUCCGUGCUGUCCUCUCCACUAAGCCUAAGGAGAACGCCGUCAAGCAAGAGAUUGAGAAGCAGAACGAGGUCGACAAGAGUGUGCUCAAGGUGUCGAUCCAGCUCAACAAGCGCCUAGGUUCCGACAGCGGUGCACACGAGGACUCCCAAAUCCGGGCUUGGAAUGAGUAUUGGAAGUGGAUCAAUACUGACUUACAAAACUUGAUGAAAGCUGUUCAGGACGAGGUUAAGGAGAGGGACACGUAGGUAUUGGGCACUUCUUGGGCACUUCUUGUGGAGUUGACCUGUUCUUGGGUCAUGAUCUUCUCAAUCAAAACUGACCAUGAAGCGUGCAUGCGCUUUGUGGCAUGGUCAGGGACUUAGGGACUUGGAUGGGGAAGGUCAAAGGAGGAUCUUGAAGCAGUUCUGUCCCAACGUAACGUCACCUGAGGGACAAACUCGACUCCGAUCAUGGUGUAUGCAGCUCCUGAUAGAGCCAUGAAUGAAGGAUAAAUCACCGGACUGAACAUUGC